GGGAAAUUAAUUCGUACCAUUGUCCAUUGCCUCACAUUGCUCACAAAAUUUUAAAUUGAUGAUUAUUUUCAAAAAAAAAAAAGAAAAAGAAAAUUGAUGAUUUAAAAGAUUGAAGCAUAAAGUCAAAAUUUCCCUUUAUAAUUUGAUAUUUUAGGCACCCAAAGCAAACCCUAACCCGCUUUGCCUCUGCGCCUGUCGUCAUCGCUGUUUCUCUCUCCCCCCCACUCUCUCUCUAACCUGUUUCCUCAUCUCCUAUUUCUACCUUCAUUCCUUUGGUAUUUUGUGCAAAUUAUUCCUGAAAAUUUCAAGAGAUGGAGGUGAGCGGUUUGAGCUAUGAAGUGUCUGACCUGAAAGGAACUGUUGUGAGGUCUGUAUUGGAAGCAAUGGUAGCUGAGGCUCUACUGGUUUCUCAAAGAUCUGUUGCUUUUAUGCUCAGUGUGAUCGAAAGCUUUCUGAAGAUCAAUGGCAUAUCCCCUGAACUUGCUUGUGUUGAACAAAGGUUUCCCUUCGAGGAACUUCACAUGGCGAACAAAACUGAGGUGGAAAAUCAAGAUGGUAGUGAUGACGAUGACGAUGACGAUGACGAUGAUGAUGACGACGAUGAUGAUGUUGCUGAUGAUGAUGAUGAUGAUGAUGUGGAAGAACUGGAACAGCCCCACGGUGAUGAUGAUGAGAGUGACGAUGAUCCUGAUGUGGGAGGUGGUGACGAAGGCAAUGAUGAUGAGGAAGAUGAAGAUGAUGAUGAUGAUGAUGGUGGUGAUGAAGAUGAAGAUGAGGAUGAGGAUGAAGAAGAGGAAGAAGAAGAGGAUGACAAGCCACCUGCCAAGAAGAGAAAGUGAAGAUGUAUUUGAUUGAUGUUUAUUCUGCCUCGAAAUGGUUGGGAUUCUGUGAGUAACCAGGACUGAACUAGCUUUACAUAAUUAUUACUCCGGAUUAUAUAUGGCUCUUUGUAGCCUUUAGGUAUUUGACUGUCCUUAUAGACAUUUGCGUGUUUGUUAUGUGAAGGAUUGCUGGGGCACAUGCUAGAUAUCCCCUUUUCUUCUUCCUUGUCACGUUCCAUUUAAUUAUUCAAUCACUUGGGGAAUUUGGAUAGAGUUUUGAAGGAGGAGACUUUGGAAGGUCUAGUCGAUAUAUUUAAUCUUUUCCCUGUUUUCUUCCAGUUAAAUGUUUAAUCCUUUAUGUUUA